AUGGCGUCCCCAUCAGAAACACCGUCCAAUGUCACGCCUCCCACCCAACAUCAACUGGCCCUAGCCAUGGCCAUUGUUAAGCUGAAGCCACCUGAAAAAGACAUCCGGGAGUACAUCCAGCACAUCCGACACUUCAUCAAACAUGGCAAAGACUCCAGCCACUUUCUGCCGCCGGACAAGUUCUUGGACAGUGUUGGCUUCUGGCAACAGGCAUACGAGAAGUCCGAAGCUGAGCAGAGUAAACUGCACGAUCGAAUAUUCGAGCUCAAGCAGCGCAAUACAAGUCUCCUCACGAAGUUGCGGACCGGAGAAAUGCUGACGACCAAGCGCAAAGCAAUGAAUGCAGAGAAGGAUAACGGCCGCGCGGAUACAGCCAGGAAAUCACGAAAAUUGGACAGCAUUCAUAAUCAACGCGGUGGGUCUGAGAUACAUGAUAUACUCGACUCUGCAGAUGAGCAAGAAACGUUUUCUGUUCCCCGAUCGUUAUGCAUCCUCCAACAGUCUCUCAAGCGAAAAGGGAAUAGCCACUCUCUGGCUACGAACGCUGUGAUUCUGUGCAAAACAGCGGAAGAGGAGCUGCUCCAUGCCGUCCAGCAGGAAGACAUCUCGAAUCAGCAACAGGCCACCAGGCUCAAACAGAAGCCAGAGCCAGAUAUUAUGACCGUGCUAAAUAGUGUCAAGCUCUCUUUUCAGGCCACGCACCAGGCGCUACAUAAAUUAUCAGCUACUGACGACGGGAGGCAGCACAGUGGCCAAGUCACUUACUAUUUGGUCUGUCUGUUCGAGUCAACGCUGACGGCGCUCACUCAACACUGCACUACCAGGGUAAACCAUAUAACUCCCAUCAAAUUGAAGGUCACUUCCAAACGGAUGCCGAAAUUCACAAUGGAAACGAGAAGCUCAAAGACGAAAACCGCGAGAAAGGACCCAACUGCCGCGCAUACCGAAGACAAACUAGGCCCGAACCUAUCAGAUCUCCUAUGCACAAUGGCCCUAUCCCUCGAUCUGGCUCGAGCCGAAGAUCAAGAGGUGAUGGAAGGGUUCCUUUUUGUCGUUCUGAACCGCGUGGGCAAAAUGCUUGCUCUCGUCGUCUUCAAUAACCUGCAGCUGCCAACAGGCUCGUGUCCGGAAUUGUCUUUCCCAGAAGGACUGGCAGCAAUUAAACAAGAGAAAUUCUCGCCGCAGAAUGCCCAGCUCGAAGCAAGAUAUCUGGUCCGCGUUCUGCACAAAAUUCUGGAUGCUGAAUCUUCGAAGGAACCCUGCGAGGUUCCGGCCCCGCGCCGUCAAUUUGUGAAUACCAUCAAGAAUCGACUGCAGAAGACCCUUCUCCAGGCUGUGUUCGGCACUAAAGAGCCCUUGUUCAAGCAAGGCUUGAUGCGCCCUGCAACUCCACCUGCGCAAGCCCUCGAGUCUCAGCGGAGUGACGAACCAGGGUUUGCGGACUGGUUUACCCAGGAACUAUGGAGUCUAAUCGGUUGGGAUUUGCUCAGGGCUGAGUUUGCACCAAAGUAA